CCAUCUCAGGAUGUUAGACAGACCGGGUAUGGAGGAGAUAAUGCCUCUCACUCCAGAGGUAUUCCUUGACCACAUCAAGAACACAACGAAGCAGACGAGAGAGAUCUUGAUGAACGAUUGGCUUGAGGAAUGUGCUGAUAUGAUUGACGAUGAAAGAGAUGAGAUUGAAAGAUGGAUGCCAGAGAAUCAGGAUGGUAGAAUGGCCCAGAUGGAUCAUUUCUUCAAGUCCCUGUCAACACUCAUGUCCCUCUGCUUAAGAAGCUGUGUAGAGAAGUCCAUUCAUGAUCUUGUGGAUUGGUUUCAACUCUACGAUGAUGGAAACUAUUAUGAUUGCGAUUAUGAUGGAUCUGAGCUCAGCCUACCAACCAUACCACAGCCUCUCAAGAUCUCCAUGGGUCCUGAGAUGUCCAAGGUGUCCUGUUCGUUCACCCCAGACAUCAAUGGUGUCAUCGACAUCCUCCAUGGGUGCAUCCAAACCAUGGUUGACGGUGUGAAGGGCAUCCACCGGGUCGAGAAGCGUCUUUUUCAUCGGGUAGACGCCGUGGCCAUCGCUCACAUUCCCGCCGUCAGGGACGAUGAGGAGGUCGUGGAGAGGGCAAAAGAGCAGGUCAAGGAGGUCAUCUUGCAUAACUAUCAUGGCCCUGUCAGGUUUAAGAUGGUGUAUGCUCCUUAUGCCUACCUGCUGAAAUCAUCCUCAGACUCGCAGGUCGAGAAGUUUGUGAAUAAAGACCAACAUCUCAGGGACUAUGUCAGAGAGAUUGAGAAACUCAAGAAGAUGGCGGCUGAAGUUGGUCUCUUUCCUCUCAAUGUACCCAUGCAUCUCUUUGAGUUGGACUGCACAGAUAUCAAUAGGUGGCUGAUCCUGAGGUCAAGAGAUUUGGCAGACAUCAUGAUCUCAAAAAUCGUCAAUACUAGUCGAGUGUUCAACCGUGGCAUAUGUGGGCAGUACGACCAGAUUGUGAGGAAAAUCACCAGUCAAUCAGAGACUACGCAUCAGUUGGUCAAACUACAGGAAUAUGUGGAUAGACUGACCACUGGAGAGCUACUACAACUCAAGAAAAAGCUAGAAGUAGCAGGAGGAAACCUGAUCUUUCUGAUGGACUAUGCAUACUUGAACAAAGAAGAUUUGAUGCUGAAUGAUCAAACAUUCACCUGGCCUGAUAGAAUCAUGCCUAUCAUCAGAAACAGUGAAAUGAAGCUUCAGAAGGAGCAUGACUAUGCCGUGUCCAAGCUCAACGAUUGGCAGAAGAAGUUUGCUGUACGUAUCAAGGAGGUGAUGGAUCAGGUCAAGGCAUUCAGGACCAAGGAUCGGAUGUCAGAAGCACAGGAUUAUCUGGAUAAACUGAUUGAUAUACAGCUCAAACUGGACGAUUUCUAUUCUGAGAAAGGAGCAGUGAACCAGGAGCAGAAGUUACUUGACGUUGGUCACAUCAGUCCGUACCCCGAGCUAGAUCAGAUCAAGGAAAAGAAAGAACCUUACGAUAAACUCUGGAAUGCUGCAGUCAAGUUCCAUCACAUGUAUGACAAAUGGAUGAAUGGACCGCUGCUGGAUGUCAAUGCUGAAGUGGUGGAAGAAGAGGUCCAGAACAUGUGGCGUACUAGCUACAAGCUGACCAAGGUGUUUGCCCACCCUGACAUGAUGGGACCAAUGAGGGCGUCGACCACCAUCAAAGCUAAGCUAGAGAAGUUCAAGAUCAACAUGCCUCUCAUCAAUGCCCUCUGUAAUCCUGGUAUCAAACAGAGACAUUGGGAUAUGAUGAGUGAAAAGGUUGGUUUCAACAUGACCCCUCAAGAUGACACUCCUCUCGUUGAGAUGCUUCAGAUGGGACUAGAGAAAUACUUGGAGGAUCUAUCAGAGAUUAGCUCACAAGCUAGCAAGGAAUAUGCCAUGGAGAAGGCCUUGUCAAAGAUGAAGAGUGAUUGGGAGACAGUACACUUCAGCUUCACUGGUUACAAGGACACCAACCUGUCUAUCCUAGGAGCACCAGACGAUGUACAGGUCUUGAUAGAAGACCAUGUCGUCAAGACAGCUACGAUGAGAGGAUCACCGUUCAUUGCACCAUUUGAGGCUGAACUCAAAGAAUGGGAAAUAAGACUGCAUCGAAUCAAAGACAUCUUGGAUUCGUGGCUGAAGGUCCAAGCAGCUUGGUUAUACCUGGAACCUAUCUUUGGAUCAGAAGACAUCAGAAGACAGAUACCUGUAGAGGGAGAAAUGUUCACUACUGUAGAUGGUCACUGGAGAGAGAUCAUGCACACAUCAGUGAAGAACACUUUGGCAUUGGUAGUGACCUCACAGAAGGACAUGUUAGAGAAUCUACAACACUCCGAGGGACUCCUGGACACUAUCCAGAAAGGCCUCAAUGACUACCUGGAGAAAAAGAGACUCUUCUUCCCAAGGUUCUUCUUCCUGUCCAAUGAUGAGCUGCUGGAGAUUCUAUCAGAGACUAAAGAUCCUCUCAGGGUACAACCUCACCUCAAGAAAUGCUUUGAAGGCAUCGCUCAGCUUACCUUCACUCCGGAGAAAGAGAUCAUCGCUAUGGAAUCAGCUGAGAAUGAGAGCGUAGAGCUUUGUUCUCGUAUCAUACCAGCCGAUGCACAUGGUCUAGUGGAGAUGUGGCUCAUACAGGUGGAGGACCUGAUGAAGAAGAGUUUGAGGGAUGUCAAUGCCAAGGCAGUGGUAGCCUAUCCUAAGACUCCUAGGAAGUCUUGGGUCCUGAACUGGCCUGGUCAGAUCGUCAUCUCGGCUAGCUCCAUCUACUGGACAGCUGAAGUCACCAAGGCUAUUUUGGAGAAGGAUGGUCUAAAGAAAUACCUGGCAACGUGCAAUCGUCAGAUUGAAGAGAUCGUUGAGCUUGUGAGAGGGAAGCUGACCAAGAUGGCACGUAUCACUCUGGGCGCACUUACUGUUGUUGAUGUUCAUGCUCGUGAUGUGGUGUCCAAUCUCUACAAUGAGAAGAUAGAAGAUGUUCUCAACUUCCAAUGGAUUAGUCAGUUAAGGUAUUACUUUGAGGAGGGUAACGUGAUGGUGAGGAUGAUCACCACGACCGUUCCCUAUGGUUACGAGUAUCUAGGAAACACAGGAAGGCUGGUUAUUACUCCACUCACUGAUAGGUGCUACAGAACAUUGAUGGGAGCCUUACUGCUCAACCUUGGUGGAGCCCCUGAAGGACCGGCAGGUACCGGUAAGACAGAGACCUGCAAAGAUCUGGCUAAAGCUGUAGCUAAACAAUGUGUAGUGUUCAACUGUUCUGACGGUUUGGAUUACAAGGCCAUGGGAAAGUUCUUCAAGGGUUUAGCCCAGUCAGGAGCGUGGGCUUGCUUUGAUGAAUUCAACAGAAUAGAGCUAGAGGUGCUGUCCGUGGUAGCCCAGCAGAUCCAGAGCAUUCAGAGAGCUGUAGCAGAGCAGCAAACAACCUUUGUAUUUGAAGGCACAGAGAUCUCUUUGGAUCCAUCGUGUACUAUGUUUAUCACCAUGAAUCCUGGCUAUGCAGGCCGAGCUGAACUACCUGAUAACCUCAAAGUUCUAUUCCGCACCGUAGCCAUGAUGGUACCUGACUAUGCGUUGAUUGCUGAGAUCAGUCUCUACUCCAUGGGGUUCGUGGAUGCUAGGUCUCUCUCUACAAAGAUUGUGGCUACCUACAAACUCUGCUCAGAACAGCUAUCAUCCCAGCAUCACUAUGACUAUGGUAUGAGAGCAGUGAAGUCUGUCCUGACUGCAGCAGGUAACCUCAAGCUCAAGUUUCCUGACACGGCUGAAGAUAUUCUCGUUCUGAGAUCAAUCAAAGAUGUCAACCUACCAAAGUUUCUGUCUCACGACAUCCCGCUGUUUGAAGGCAUCAUCUCGGAUCUCUUCCCUGGCGUCGAGCUUCCUCGGCCAGACUAUGGUGUCCUUGAAGAGGCUCUCAAGACAAACAUUGCCAAACGAAAACUACAAGCGGUGCCGUGGUUCAUUGAGAAAAUCAUCCAGAUUUAUGAGAUGAUUCUGGUACGUCAUGGUCUGAUGAUAGUAGGUGAUACCAUCGGAGGUAAGACCAGUGCCUUCAAGGUUCUCUCAGAUGCUCUUGGUGAUCUGGAGAAAGCCAAACUCAUGGAUGAACACAGGGUUGAGUAUCGUAUCAUCAACCCCAAGGCCAUCACGAUGGGUCAGCUGUACGGCCGAUUUGACCCUGUCUCACAUGAAUGGUCUGAUGGUGUAUUGGCUAAUACAUUCAGAGAACAUGCUUCUAGUACAUCGGACAGUAGGAAAUGGUGUAUAUUUGAUGGACCUGUAGAUGCUGUCUGGAUCGAGAACAUGAACACCGUACUCGAUGAUAACAAAAAGCUAUGUUUGAUGAGUGGUGAGAUCAUUCAGAUGAGCAAUAAACAGAACAUGAUCUUUGAACCAAAGGAUCUAGAACAAGCUUCCCCGGCUACUGUCAGCAGAUGUGGAAUGAUCUACAUGGAACCUUCUCAGCUAGGUUGGCAGCCAUUGGUAGCAUCAUGGAUGGAACAUGAAGUACCAGACUUCAUUACUAAACAACAGAAAGAAACCAUGCAGAUGUUGUUUGAAUGGUUGCUACCACCGUGUUUACUCCAUGCUAGUCGUACCUGUCGUCAGCUUGUACCCAUGUCCCCUAUGCACAUGACUAUGUCUAUGCUCAGGCUCUACAAAUGCCUCCUCACAGAUGUUGGGGCUAUCAAGAGGAGGGAGGAGACUGAAAGUGACAUUGAGGAUCUAGAUGAGGAAGAUGAUCCUGAUGCCUCGCUCUCUGAUCAGAAGAUCCUUGAUGAACGUUCUAACAUGAUGAUGUGCUACUUCUUCUUCUCACUCGUCUGGUCUGUCGGGGUCUCUGUCGAUGGAGCAUUCAGAGAAAAUUUCAGUGAGUUCUUCAAGCAGCUCUGUGACAUGGAUACCACAGGGAAGCAUCCUCGUCCUAAGGAACUCAAGUUUGCUCGUAACCUCUUGAUUCCCAAGCGCGGCUCAGUAUUUGAUUAUGUCUACACAAGGAAGACGUUCGGGGCUUGGAACCAAUGGGCGACCUUCGUCACUGCCACUGAGAUCGCUGAUAAUACUCAGAUGAUGGUGAAUGAGUUAAUCAUCAAGACGGUUGAUACAGAGCGACAGAACUUCUUUCUCAAGAAGUUACUACUCCAAGGUGAGAAGGUCCUGUUUGUAGGUCCGACAGGUACGGGCAAAUCGGCCAUCACCAACGCCUUCCUUCUUGACCUGGCCAAGGGGGAUUACAUUCCAAACAAUCUCAACUUCUCAGCUCAGACCUCAGCCAAUCAGACGCAGGAUAUCAUCCUAUCUAAGCUUGACCGGAGAAAGAAGGGUGUGUAUGGUCCCACGCCUGGUAAGAAGCUUGUGGUGUUUGUGGAUGAUCUGAACAUGCCAGCCAAGGAGAAAUAUGGUGCACAGCCUCCUAUAGAGCUUCUCAGACAUUGGGUGGAUCAUGGCUACUGGUUUGAUAGGAAAGAUACGAGUGUGCUGUAUCUUGAAGACAUCAUGCUAGUAUCGGCCAUGGGUCCACCCGGUGGGGGUAGGAAUACAGUCACUCCUCGCUUCCUACGUCACUUCAACAUCCUCGCCAUAGACACGUUCAACGAGGAGACCAUGAAGAACAUCUUUACUCCUCUCCUGGACUGGCAUUUCAACCGAGGCUUCGAGACCAAUCUCAGAAGAUACUCAAGGAUCAUGGUAUACUCUACCACUGAGAUCUACAUGCAAGCCAUAUCCAGCUUCCUGCCCACCCCGUCCAAGUCCCACUAUGUGUUCAACCUACGAGACUUUGCCAGGGUCGUGCAAGGCAUCCUACUCAUCAAGCCAGCCUGUAUCCCGUCGGGAGCGGACGGAGCCAAGAAACUCAUCCGACUCUGGGUGCAUGAAGUCUACAGGGUCUUCUACGAUCGCCUGGUCGAUGACGAGGAUCGGCAGACCUUCUUCACCAUGGUCAAGAGUGUUGUUCAGAGUCAGUUUAAAGAGAAAAUGAACACAGUCUUCACUCAUCUGACAACUGGUAGAGAGGUUACUGACACAAACAUGAGGAGCUUGUUCUUUGGAGAUUACAUGAGGACCAAGGAUGAGGAGAAGAACUAUGAUGAAAUCACUGAUCUGGAGGGGCUCAGAGAGAAUGUUGAGAAGUAUCUAGAGGAGUAUAACAUGAUGACUAAAGCUCCCAUGGAUCUGGUGAUGUUCCGCUUUGCUAUUGAACACAUCUCAAGGAUCAGUAGAGUUCUUAAACAGCCCAAUGGACAUGCUCUUCUCGUCGGUAUUGGUGGCAGCGGUCGAGCCAGUGCAGCCCGCUUAGCAUCCUUCAUGGCUAUGUAUGAACUGUUCAGUAUUGAGAUCACCAAGAACUACACACAGGCCGAUUGGAGAGAUGAUAUCAGACAGCUGAUGAGGAAAGCAGGAGAUGAAGGGUGUAGUACUGUCUUCUUGUUUGGUGAUCAUCAAAUCAAGGAGGAAUCCUUUCUGGAAGAUAUCAACAUGAUCUUGAACACAGGAGACAUACCAAACCUGUUUGAGAAUGAAGAACGUCUUGAGAUCAUUGAGAAGAUGCAACAAGUGUGUGUAGCAGAGAACAUUCAGAUUGAGAUGACACCACUCAACAUGUACAACAAGUUCAUAGAGAGAAUCAGACGUAACCUUCAUGUAGUACUAGCAUUCAGUCCUAUUGGAGAUGCUUUCAGGAACAGACUUAGGAUGUUUCCUUCUCUUAUCAACUGCUGUACCAUCGAUUGGUUCAAGGCUUGGCCAGAGGAUGCUCUUGAGAUGGUUGCCCACAAGUUCUUGGAUGAUGUUGAGAUGUCAGAUGAGAUCAGAGCAGAGACGGUCGUCAUGUGUAAACACUUUCAUGAGAGCGUCAGAGCUAUGUCAGACAGGUUUUUCACCAUACUGAGGAGAGCCAACUAUGUGACACCAACCUCGUACCUGGAGCUCAUCAAGACUUUCAAGACACUUCUUAAUCGCAAGAGAAUGGAGAUCUUUACUCUUAAGAAUAGAUACAUGGUGGGACUUGAGAAACUUGACUUUGCUGCAUCUCAGAUCUCUGUUAUGCAAGAGGAGUUGACAGCCUUACAACCCAAGCUGAUAGAGAACAGUAAGGAGACGGAUAAACUGAUUGUGAUUGUACAAGAAGAGACUCAAGAGGUUGAUGCUAAGAGACAGAUUGUUGCUGCUGACGAGGCAGUAGCUAAUGCUGCUGCUAACGAAGCUCAGGCAAUCAAGGAGGACUGUGAAGCGAAUCUAGCAGUUGCCAUGCCAGCUUUGGAUGCUGCUGUGAGAGCGUUGAAUACACUGAAGCAGCAGGAUAUCACCAUAGUGAAAACCAUGUUGAACCCUCCGGCUGGUGUCAGGCUGGUUAUGGAAGCCAUCUGCAUCAUGAAGGGGAUAAAGGGAGAAAAGAAGACUAAUGAUCAAGGCAAGCCAUUUGAUGACUACUGGCCAGGAGCGAAAAGGAUGCUUGGGGAUAUGAAGUUUCUGGAGUCUCUCAGGGAGUAUGACAAAGACAACAUCCCUCCUGCAAUCACAAAGAAGAUCCGAGACCAGUAUAUCAACAAUCCAGACUUCAAACCUGAAGUGGUCAAGAAGGUAUCCUCUGCAUGUGAAGGGCUGUGCAGCUGGGUUCGAGCCGUGGAGGUCUAUGAUAGAGUGGCCAAGGUGGUUGCCCCCAAGAAAGCACGUCUUCAGGAAGCGGAAUCUAAACUAGAGGAGCAAGAAGGUCAUCUCAAUGAGAAAAGAGGUGUCUUGAAGGAGAUCAUGGGGAAACUACAAGCCCUGAACGAUCAGCUAUCUCGUAAAGAAGGAGAGAAGAAGGAUUUGGAGGAUAAUAUUGAGUUGACGAAGCUGAAACUGAUCCGAGCUGAGAAGCUGAUUGCUGGACUUGGAGGAGAGAAAGAUAGAUGGCUACAGCUGACGGAGGAGCUGAGUGAGACAUAUAUCAACAUUGUGGGUGAUGUGUUGUUAUCAGCUGGUGUAGUCGCUUACCUCGGUCCAUUCACAUUGUCAUUUAGACAGGAAUGUCUGAAGGACUGGUAUGAUAUGUGUGUGGAGAAGGAUAUUCCAGUAUCUAGCGUCUUUUCUCUCUCUGCUACUCUUGGAGAUCCGGUCAAAGUUCGCGAUUGGCAGUUAGCAGGCUUACCUGUUGAUAACUUCUCGACUGACAAUGCUUUGAUAGUGACCAAUGCCAACCGAUGGCCUCUCAUGAUUGACCCUCAAGGUCAGGCCAAUAAAUGGGUCAAGAACAUGGAGAAACCCAACAAGCUACAGGUCAUUAAACUAUCUGACCCCACCUACACAAGGACAUUAGAGAAUUGCAUGCAGUUUGGUCAGCCAUGUUUAUUGGAGAAUGUGGGUGAAGAAUUGGACCCUGUCCUGGAACCACUGCUGCUGAAACAAACCUUCAAACAGAAUGGUUUGGACUACAUCCGCCUUGGUGAUAAUGUGGUAGAGUUCAGUCGAGAUUUCAAGUUCUACAUCACGACGAGGCUUCGGAAUCCACACUACCUUCCUGAAGUCUCUGUCAAGGUGACUUUGCUGAACUUCAUGAUCACACCCCUUGGCUUAGAGGAUCAGCUUUUGGGCUUGGUUGCAGCCAAAGAGAAGCCAGACCUAGAAGAGAAGAAGAACCAGCUCAUCAUUGAGAGUGCUAAGAACAAGAAACAACUCAAAGAGAUUGAAGACAAGAUUCUAGAGGUUCUAUCCUCAUCUCAAGGGAACAUCCUAGAAGAUGAGACAGCCAUUGAGAUCUUGUCAUCGUCCAAGGUCCUCUCCAAGGAGAUCUCAGAGAAACAGGAGAUUGCCAGCAAGACAGAGACUGAGAUUGAUGAGACGAGAGAUGGAUAUAAACCGGUUGCCAAACAUUCAUCGAUACUCUUCUUCACAAUCUCUGACCUAGCUAACAUUGAGCCUAUGUAUCAGUACUCCUUAGCUUGGUUUAUCAACCUCUAUCUGCAGUCCAUCAGUCUGAGUGAGCCGUCUAAUGACCUUGAGAGACGUAUCAAGAGCCUCAAUGAUCACUUCACAUAUAGCAUCUAUCAGAACGUAUGCCGAUCAUUGUUUGAGACGGAUAAGCUGCUCUUUUCAUUCAUACUCUGUAUUGGCAUUGCCAAGGGCAGAGGAGAGAUUGACGAUAGAGAAUGGAGGUUCCUUCUCACUGGGGGUGUGGCUUUAGAGAAUCCAUUCCCUAACCCUGCUCCUAAUUGGCUGUCGGACAAGUCAUGGGCGGAGGUCGUCAGAGUCUCACAGCUUGACGCAUUCGAUGAUUUCAUGCUCAAUUUCAGGAGUAAUAUCUUAGAAUGGAAGAAGCUGUAUGACUCACCAUCACCUCACACCGAUAAGAUACCUGAACCUUGGGACCUUUCACUAAAUGAGAUGGAGAAACUUAUCGUCCUGCGUAUAAUCAGACCAGAUAAAAUGGUACCAGCUGUCCAAAACUUCAUCAUCAAGGCGAUGGGUCAAGCCUACAUCGAACCUCCGACCUUUGACCUUGCUAAGAGCUAUGUCGACUCCUCCUACUUCACUCCUCUCAUCUUUGUGCUUUCCCCUGGAGCUGAUCCUAUGAACGUUCUCAUGAAGUUUGCUGUGGAAAAAGGUAUGGGAGGUAAUGGUAUGGCGACUGUAUCCCUCGGACAAGGGCAAGGUCCUAUUGCUGCCAAGAUGAUCAAUGAGGCUGUAGAGCAUGGUACCUGGGUAGUGCUUCAGAACUGUCACUUGGCGUUGUCAUGGUUACCAACCCUAGAGAAGAUCUGCGAGGAGUUGAUCACGGACAGCGAGAAGACCCGUCCUUCCUUCCGUCUGUGGCUGACCAGCUACCCGACCCCGACCUUCCCUGUCUCCAUCCUCCAGAAUGGCAUCAAGAUGACCAAUGAACCUCCCAAGGGUCUCAGGGCUAACCUGCUUAGGUCUUACCUUAAUGAUCCUAUAUCAGAUCCAGAGUUUUUCAAUGGAUGCACCAAACCAGACUUAUGGAAGAAGCUACUGUUCAGCCUUUGUUUCUUCCAUGCCUUGGUUCAAGAGAGAAGGCAGUUUGGACCUCUUGGUUGGAACACACCGUAUGAGUUCAACGAAUCAGAUCUUAGGAUUAGUGUUAGACAACAGCAGAUGUUUCUGAAUGACUAUGACGUAAUCCCAUUAGAAGCCUUGACCUAUCUCACCGGAGAGUGUAACUACGGUGGUCGAGUGACGGACUACCACGACCGUCGUCUGUUAAUCAGUCUUCUGGCAAUCUUCUACAAUGAUCAGAUUGUUAAGGAGGAAGGGUACAGCUUCUCAGAGAGUGGCAACUAUCGCUGUCCACCUUCUGGUCCUCACGAAUCAUACACGGAGUACAUCAAGAGUCUUCCUCUGAUGCCACACCCAGAGGUGUUUGGUCUUCAUGAGAAUGCAGACAUUACCAAGGAUCAGAAGGAAACUCAACAACUGUUUGAUGGAAUCCUUCUUACACUGCCUCGACAGGCUUCGGUGGUGCAAAAUAGAAAAAGAAAGAAGAAAGCAUCAGGAGGGGAAAAGUCAUCUCAACAAAUCAUUGAAGAUCUGGCAUCAGAUAUUUUAUCCAAGAUACCUCCCAACUACAACCUAGAGGAAGUGCAGAAAAAAUACCCAGUGCUGUAUGAGGAGUCGAUGAAUACUGUCCUGGUGCAAGAGUUAAUCCGUUUCAAUCGCCUGAUUGAGGUAGUCAGGUCCAGUCUUCAGGAUAUCCGCAAGGCCAUGAAAGGAUUGGUUGUCAUGUCUGCAGAGCUAGAAGAUGUCUUUGAUAGUAUGAUGGUUGGAAAGGUACCAGGUAUGUGGGCAGCCAAGUCUUACCCAUCUCUGAAACCUCUUGGUAGCUACAUCACUGAUCUUCUGGCAAGAUUACAGUUUUUCAAAGAUUGGAUACGUGAUGGGAUGCCUACAGUCUUCUGGCUGUCAGGUUUCUACUUCACACAUUCCUUCCUGACUGGAACCAUGCAGAACUUUGCUAGACGAUACAAGAUCCCAAUCGAUCAGUUACUACUUGACUUUGAGGUCAUGAAGAAUGAGAGUAACAUGGAUUCUAAACCAGGUGAUGGAGUAUAUGUGACUGGUUUAUUUAUUGAAGGAGCUCGCUGGGAUAGACCGACCCAUGUCUUGGCUGAAUCACAACCCAAGAUCCUCUAUGAUACUCUGCCUAUCAUAUGGAUCAAACCUAUUGAGAAGUCCAACGUAAAGUCUACACCAUCAUACUCGUGUCCAGUUUACAAGACGAGUGUCCGACGAGGAACAUUGUCUACCACUGGGCACUCCACUAACUUUGUCUUUGAGAUACAGCUUCCAUCAUCUCAUCCUCCCAACCAUUGGAUCAACAGGGGUGUAGCUAUGCUCUGUCAACUUGACAACUAGAUCAACAGGGGUGUGGCCAUGCUCUGUCAGCUUGACAACUAGAUCAACAGGGGUGUGGCCAUGCUCUGUCAGCUUAACAACUAGAUCAACAAGGGUGUGGCCAUGCUCUGUCAGCUAGACAACUAGAUCAACAGGGUGUGGCCAUGCAGUUGGCUUGACAACUAGAUCAACAGGGGUGUGGCCAUGCAGUUAGCUUGACAAUUAGAUCAAAAGGGGUGUGGCCAUAUUGUUGGCUUGACAACUAGAUCAACAAGGGUGUAGCUUUGCUCUUUCAGCUGCGUUUGACAAGUAGAUCAAUAGGGGUGUGGCCAUGCUCUGUCAGCUUGACAACUGGGUCAACAGAGGUGUACCCACGCGGUUGGCUUGGCAACUAGAUCAACAGGGGUGUGGCCACCUAAUUGGCUUGACAACUAGAUCAACAGAGGUGUGCCCAUGUGGUUGGCUUGGCAACUAGAUCAAAAGGGGUGUGGCCAUGCUCUGUCAGCUUGACAACUAGAUCAACAAGGGGGUGUGGCCAUGCUGUUGGCUUGACAACUAGAUCAACAAGGGUUUCUAAGCUUUGCUUUAUCAGUUUGACAACUAUAUCAAUAGGCAUGUGGCCUCUAAAUCAUAUACUUGACACUCUGGAAUACUUUUGAAAACAUGACCAUUUCUUAUCGUGGCAUCAUGUGUUUUACUAUUUAUUUUUUCUGAUGUUGGUUUUAACUAAAAUAUAUCACCUUGACAAAAAUGUAGCUUAACAAAUGUGGACAUUUGUAUCAGGAAUGCUAUGCAAAAUUAUGUGUCUUAGCAAUUGUUUUGUUUGUAAACAGUCCGUCCCAUAACUGGUAAAUAAAUGUAAUCAUUCAUUCAGUAUAUGAAAUGAAAAAAUAUUUGCCUAAUAAUUGUGAGUUUGGUUAUGAGAGUGCCUAAAUACAGUUGUGGUGGGUAUCCAGAAUUAUAUGUCUUAAACUUCCUUGACUUUGAAGAAUUUAUUAAAACAUAUUACAAUAAUGUAUUUGCUUUCACUUGUAUGGAUAUUUUUCUGUCCGUUUGACAUGAUGGAUUUGCUCAUGAAACUGAACUAAAUGUUAAACUACAGAAGAAAACUGUAUAAGUUAUAGCAGAAAAUUAUUUGAAGACUUUGAAAACGAGUGCAAACAAUCAAGAAUAUUGUGUCUAGGGCUGUUUCAAAGCAAUUUUGUGUUGUCUGGAAGGAGCUUAUUGUACAAUUUAUUCCUUCCAAUAUAUGAUGCAUUUCAUUAUUUCCCUAAUCAGUAAUGAAUUUAGAGAAUUAAACGUUUAUCAGAACAUGUUACUGCUUACUGGAUUCGGUUUGGUAUAUUUUGAAAAUGAAUCAUGGAAAAGGUCAAGUAAAUAUACAUGUGUAAA